GAUAUGACUGUACUUCAUAUGGUCGGCUGCCUCACUGUCAGGUAGACGGGACGAUCCGCAACAAGUCUUCUCUCCUGUCCUGCAUUCAUCUGACAUUGACCAUCAUGGAGGUGAACGGCACGGCAGACAUCUUGAGCUCUGCCUACCUGGCGGUGGAGUACAUGGAUGCGGUGUUGCCAGAAAACCCCCUCCAGCCCUCCAUAAAACAUGCCUGGGACUACAUGAUGGACAACUACACCAAGUUCCAGAUUGCCACCUGGGGGUCGCUCAUCGUCCACGAGUUGAUCUACUUCCUGUUCUGCCUCCCCGGAUUCCUCUUCCAGUUCUUGCCCUUCAUGCAGAAAUACAAGAUCCAACAGGACAAGCCGGAGACCUGGGAGAAACAGUGGAGGUGUUUUAAGAUGCUGCUGUUCAACCAUUUCUGUAUCCAGCUGCCGUUGAUCUGUGGGACUUACUACUUCACUGAGUUCUUCAACAUCCCUUAUGACUGGGACUCCAUGCCACGCUGGCCGUACGUAGUGGCUCAGUGCUUAGGCUGCGCAGUGGUCGAAGACACCUGGCACUACUUCCUGCACCGCGCGCUGCACCACCGCAAGAUCUACAAACACAUCCACAAAGUCCACCACGAGUUCACCUCUCCGUUCGGCAUGCAGGCAGAGUACGCUCAUCCUGCUGAGACUCUCAUCCUGGGAGCAGGUUUCUUCAUCGGCAUCAUGAUGUUCUGUAACCACGUGUUCCUGCUGUGGGCCUGGGUGUCCUUCCGCCUGCUGGAGACCAUCGAUGUCCACAGUGGUUAUGACAUCCCUAUGAACCCACUCCAUCUGAUCCCGUUCUACGCCGGCACUCGCUUCCACGACUUCCACCACAUGAACUUUGUUGGGAACUACGCCUCCACCUUCACCUGGUGGGACAAGCUGCUGAUGACGGACAGCCAGUACAACAAACACCAGGAGAAAGUGGGAAACAAGAAGGAGCAGUAAACAUCUCUGUUCAUCCACUCGCCUGUCAGCAGGAUAAAAGCAUCUAACAAGUGACAUCGUGUAAUAAUAAUGUAAUGUAAAGCAGGAGGGAAGAGGCAGGGACACACAGACAGUGCUGCUUUUCCUCAGUCUCACACACACUCACUAAAUAUGUACUUUAAAGGAAUCAGCAAUGCUGUGGUUUGAUAUUGAAUCGGACUGUAUGUCAACUUCAGUCCGUCUUUUGUGCCUUUUUUGCUAUAGACGUAUUUUUGUCUUCUUGCUGCUGGCUGAAUAAAAAAAAUCUAAAUCCUCA